AUGUCCGCCAAGAGGACCAAGCUAGUGCUACCGGACGAAAUUUCGUCCGAAGAGGAGGGAGCCACGGGCCCUGCAACAAUGAUGGAGGGGAACUCGAGCCUCCUCAUGCGAAUUGCGGAGCUGGAACAAGAAAAGGCCGACAUGGCGCAGCAGUUGGAGUGCCAGAUGGCAUUCAUCAAGGAGCUGCAGCAGCAGAUGGCUGAAUUAAAAGCAGCUAACAUGGCCGCGAAGCAGCCGGUCCAACAGCAAGAAGUGCAACAGCAGCAGCUAAUUAAGCAACAGCGACAACAACAACAGGAGCAGAGGAAGCAGCAGCGACAACAGCAGCAGCAGCAGCAACGACAGGAGCAGCAAAGCGAAGAAGAUGACGGCAUGUGCCCGGAGGUCAUCAUCGAGGAGGAGGAAGGAGACCCCUUCAACUUCGUCGUCCGAAAAAAGAAGACAUCAAAUAAGACUAAGGUUAGUGCUAUCACUGUAAGUGCCCCACCAACCACCCCAAAAUCCUCUCCCCAAGCGGCCACCCCUAAGAAACUCAAAAUUCCCCCGAUAACUGGCAACAUUAGUGCAUUCCUGAAAAAGGCGCUGAUACAACACAAUUUGCUGAAGAUACAUAACGAUGUGGACAGUGCAUUAACCUAA